AUCUACUGAGUUUGCAGUCGAAUGCUUACCAUACACAAUUUACACUAUCAGGUACCAGGGGUAUGAGGACCUCGGCCUCGACCAGCUGUAUGUUCAUGCAGGUACAAACUACACGCAUUUUGAUCCAGUAUAGAUGUACUCAGUGGGCUUCAUUUCACACAGACAGUCAGACACCAAUACUCAACGAUGGAAGACAGUCAGGCAGAUACAAAAAAGCUCUUUUCAUGUCCAAUGGUAAGAUGUCCGACCUUUGCUCAGCUGUCAGAUAUCGCCCGAAAUAUUGGGCUUCAUUUAGAAGACGAUGAACUUAAGGGUUUUCAUGCAGCCAUAAAAGGAAACAUUGAUGGAAUAAAUGCGACAGAAGAUAUCGUGGAGCCAAGGUUACCAACAAGGUAUCCUAGACUUCCAGGCCACAGACCAGAACAAAAGGACAAUCUCUACAAUGCAUGGUACUGGAAAUGUGAAAUCCAAGGAGCCAGCAGUGGUAAAUUAACGGGGAAACGAGUUGCUAUCAAGGAUAGCGUAGCGGUAGCAGGGAUCCCUAUGAUGAACGGAUCUCAUGCUCUUGAAGGAUUCACACCUGAUUUUGAUGCAACGGUUGUUACAAGAAUACUUGAUGAAGGAGCCACAAUCGUGGGUAAAUCUGUGUGUGAGAAUCUCUGUUUCUCAGGAACUAGUUCUACUGCUGCCAAAGGACCAGUGAAGAAUCCACAUGAUACUAGCCGCUCGACUGGAGGAUCGAGCUCAGGGAGCGCUGUUCUAGUUCAGACCGGUGAGGUGGACAUGGCAAUCGGUGGUGAUCAAGGAGGGUCAGUCCGUCUUCCAUCUGCUUGGACAGGUAUCGUUGGACUGAAGCCCACCUAUGGUCUGGUGCCUUACACAGGGGCAAUGGGAAUUGAAAUGUCCGUGGAUCACCUUGGCCCUAUGGCUAGGACUGUCCAUGACUGUGCAUUGUUCCUUGAGGCAAUCGCAGGUUAUGAUGGCGGUAUGGACUCGAGACAACAUCCUCAUAUGACUGUGCCUCAAUAUACGAAAGAAUUGGAGAACGCAAGCAUCAAGGGACUAAAAGUUGGAAUUUUAGAAGAAGGUUUUGCAAUGGCUGGUGCUGAUGUUGCCGUCAACAAACUACUGAAGGAAACAAUUAACAAACUCACAACGGGUGGUGCUGUUGUUCAGGACAUAUCGGUGCCUAUUCAUUCUAUCUCGCAUAGUAUUUGGGGAGCAACAGUAGAGGGCUCUCAUGAAAACAUGUACCGUCUCGGAGGUUGCGGCACUGGUCACGUGGGCUUUUAUCCGACCAGCUUCGCGAUAGCUUCUGGGAAGAUGAUGUCAUCCAGGAUUGAUGAUCUUUCAGACACAAUGAAGAUGGUUAUUCUUCAAGGAGAAUACUUACAGAAACAAUACAAGAGCCAGGUGUAUUGCCGAGCAAGGAAUCUGGUUUUCACUCUCCGUCAGGCAUAUGACAAAGCUUUGGAAUCAGUAGACAUCAUUGCAUUGCCUACCAUACCUUUUACUGCUUCAAAGCUCAUCUACAAAGAUGAUUCACAAUCCGAAUACUUCAAGAAAUGUUUUGAAAUGGCAGUUAACACCAUGGCUUUUAACUUGACCGGUCAUCCCGCUAUCAGCGUCAAUUCCGGCUACCUAGAUGGCUUACCGGUCGGACUCAUGUUGGUAGCAAAACACUUCGAUGAAAUCACAAUCUUCAAAUUUGCUCAGGCUGUCGAGAAGAUCAGAGACGAGACAAAAUAGAACGACGAUAUAAACAAAUAUGUUUCCGUCAAUCUUAAUUAGGUAUGAAGGCUAUAUGCAACGAAUUAUUUCGAGAUUUUUUUAUUAGUUCCUAUGAAUUAUUGAUGCUGAAUUCGGUUUAAUAUUAGAAAAGGUUAAUGAACGUAUUAGCAGUUUCAACCUUGAGCUUGAAUUUACAGCCCAUUUUCUUCAAAGUCGUAAUUUGAGUUUGCGUUCGUCUUGUCUAUUGUAUACGCCUAUAAGUUUGGUAAUCUUUUCAUAUUUUCAACAUGUUUUUUGAAAAUAUGAUUUACGGGCUAUAGGAAUAUUUUUGGGGGGUUUAUUACAGUAUUUUUAGUAUUUGUUUUGAUGUUCAUGUGUCGCUACUUUAAGUAAUAUUUUUAUAAUCUAUUUUGGGUAUAAAUGGAUUUUAUCACCCUUGCGCAAUCCAUGAUUGUUUUAUCCUAUUUCAUUCUUUACCUUAUAUGCUUAUUAAAGGAACAUUUUAACCAUGAUAUGGAAGGAUUUUCUUUGUGAUUAGUCGCGAUAGAUAUCAUGCCAUUCUUUUCUCAAUCAUCCAAUAUGUAUUUCGUAUUAUGUUACGUUUCUCUUUGUCGAAUUAUGUCCGUUUAUUGGGAUAUUUAUGUAAAUAUUGAUCAUUUUGCCAUAUUGUUUAUACAAAAUUUCCUUUGAACACAUUUGAAAAACAUAUUACCAGUUAUGAUGCUGUAAGGUGUAGGUAUAAAUUUUGUGAUAGAUUUUGACAUAAUUAUUAUACAGACAGUGAUGGUGUCUCGAGGUAUACAAUUUCCAGACAAAUUGCCUGUCUGUAUCACCCCGAUAAUUUUUUAGUUAUUCUUUUAUUAAAGUGUUGUUAAUUUCUAUGAAAAUUGUUUCUUAUAAACUAGCUAUUUGAUUACAAUGCCUUAUUUUGUUAUGUUACUAGUAAUCGAUAUGAAAGUAAAUAGUGACAGGAUUUUUCGACGUGCAUCGGUGAUUUUGUAAGCUUAUAAUGUUUGUGUGAAUUAUAAAUUGGAGAUGCCUGAAAUUUUAUGUAGUGAAAUCAAUAAAUUGAAAGUCUUUACUGCGAUUGAUUUGUUUAAUUUAA